AGAAUCAGUUAAGAAAAGCCAAACAGGUGAAAGUCUCAGUUGAAGAAGUCGAAGCUAGUGAAGUUGUAGAUGAGCUUGUAGCAAAUGUAGCUGUAGGUGGUGUAGAAAUAAUUAUACAAUUGAUAAAG